AUGGCCUCCACCACCGCCACGGCCUACACCGCCACCGCCUCCGCCGGCUUCGCCACCGGCGCCCUCCAGGUCCCCAAGCACGUCGGCGCCUCGCGCGCGUCGUCGUCGGACCGCGCGCGCUCCUUCCGGCGCACGCAGUACAAGAAGUCGGCCAAGGCCCGCCUCGACGAGCUGGUGCGCGAGAUCACGACGGCGCGGCACGCGCGCGAGGCGCGCACGCCGCGCAGCAUGACGCGCCAGCAGCAGCAGUGCGACUUGGACGAGAGCAUCAAGCUGCUGCACGACAAGCACGAGGCGCUCGAGAUUUGGAGCCAGGAGCUCAAGUGCGGCGGGUCGGCGGCGGGUAGGGACGGGAGUAGGAGUCGGAGCGGGAGUCGGACGAGGGGGGGUGUGGAGAGCGGGCCGGAGUGA